GUACACAGAGUACAUUGAGGUGUUUGGCCGAUUAUUUUACGUCGUUUUGUGAUUGAUUAAAAUAUUAAAGUCCUUCAACUACUAAAAUAAUUCAGACAAAUCUACUUUUAAAUGUACUUGUUCGAAAUAUUGUUCUAGUUUUACAGUAAUUACCAAUUUGCCGCAUGUACGACGAUAACAAAAUGAACCAUCCUCAAGGGGAUAAUAUAUGCCCGCCGGCGCAUUUAAGAGUCAUAUUACCAGCGUCAAUAGACUCCAAUAUGCAACCACAUUUCAUCGAUAUGAACAACACACAAGACAUACCGCCGCCGCAGGCCGAUUUCUCGGCCCCGCCGCCAUACGAUGUCGCCGCCAACUCCAAGUUGCCCACUUAUGAGGAGGUGCAGAGAGAGAAGCAGAUGGAAGGGGAAGGGUUACCACAGAUCCAGGGCCCCCUACCGCCCCCCCUCCCUACGUUCGCGGCGUUCGUCACAGUGGAGCCUACAGAGGGCACCGGUGAACAGCUGGACCCAGAGAACAGCCUGCUUGGCACUGAUGUCAUGUUCCUCACUUCGUUCUUCGUGGCAUUCCUAUUCAACUGGAUCGGUUUCCUACUGCUGAUGUGCUUCUGCCACACGGUGGCGUCCCGCUACGGCGCGCUGGCCGGCUUCGGGCUGUCGCUGGCCAAGUGGACGCUGAUCGUGAAACACUCCACCGAGCUCGCCAGCCACGAGAACUCUUGGCUGUGGUGGCUCAUCAUGGCCUUCGGUAUCCUAAUCUGCGUGCGCGCCAUCAUCCAAUACCUGAACAUUAAACGCGGCUGGCGUCUACUCUCCGGCACGGCUCAAGAACGUCUCCUGUUCUUCUACUGAUCUCCUUCGCACCCGCUUACGACUACAUAUGCGAGAGGGAGACGACUAUGGUUAGUUAGCCUUUACUAGGCUGUUAUGGUUAGCGUCGACUCUGGAACAGAGCAAUCUCCACUUCUACUGAUCGCUCACAUCCGCUUACCACUACAUGCGAGAAAGAGACGGAUAUUAACCAACCUCCGCACUUUUAUUAUAGAUCUUUUCAUGUGCGGAAGGGAGACGGUUAUAGUUCUUGCUGUUUGGACUACAUCUAACUAGAGUAAGGGCGUUUUUUCCUCUUUUAUUAUUCCACGCACCUACUAUGCGGGAGAGAGACGGCUGUACAUUGUUUUGUUGGUUCCUUGGAGUGUGCAUGAGAAGAAAAUUUAGAAAAAAUGUCGCAGUAGGUUUGUUCUACAAGCGUUCCCUUUCACGCCCACUGACGUCUGUAUGUACGGAAAAGAGAUAGGUAUAUGACUGGAUGCACUCUUUUUUCACACGGUGUGAGUAAUCUUUUAGCGUACUCUCUCGCACCUGCUAAAUUAUUCAUCUUCGGAAACAAGACGGCUAUAACCAUAGCUAUGGUUAAUAUACCUCAAUUUGUGUUAAAUAUUUUUCAUAAUGUCAAUAUCGAGAGGAUAAUGGUAAUUAUGUUUGUACGAAGAAGUCGUCCACUUUUCUCUUAAUAACGAAAUCAUUGUCAAUAAAGAUUGCCCGUCAAUAAAUAUUGAUCAAUAAAUAUUGAUCAAUAAAUAUGGUUCAAUCUUCGUGCUAUUGUUGUAAUGUAGGCCAGUAUGUAAAAUGAACCAAGGAUGUAUGUACAAAUUGAGUGUUUUCAAUUUUGAACUCUAUUGCGGUAAGGCUAAGGUGUGGUUUAACUGUGAAUAUAUGUCUAUACACUUACGUCACUUUGACAAAAAUACGUUGUUGAUAUGCAUCACAAUUCUAUGGUAAGUUAGAAAAGGAUAGCUAUAUCUUGAUGUUUCGAUCUCGAUUUGUGUAUUCCGAAUGAUAAAUGAGCAGUCUAAUAAAACAUGGUCUUCUCUUCCCAGAGUGACACAGGCCUACGUCACACUAACAUGGCCGCUAUAUAUAGCGCUAUCGCAUAUUAUCAUAUAGCGCUGUCGCAUAUUAUCAUAUAGCGCUGUCGCAUGAUGACGUAGGCUUGUGUCAGUCAGGUGACCUAGAAAAGACGGGAAGAGAGUACCAGGCGGAGUAUAUUAUUAUACCAUGAUAAAUGAGUAAAAAUAAUGUAUGCAAAGUUUUUCCCCCUUAUAAAACUUUAUGUGCCUGAUUUAGUUGAAUUAUGUUUUAGCCCUUUCUGCGAAAUACAUAAGUCAAAAUGACGGAUAAAGACAAAAGAUUAUUAGCUAAUUCAGGCAAGUAACGCGUUUAUGAACAACGUCAUUUAUAUUUAAUUACACAAACGGGUCUACCGCGAUAUGAUUUCAUUGGUUUUUAACGUCUGAAUUAAAGGUAAAUACAAUGAUAAUAUAUCGCGGUUAGGGUUGCCAUAUGGAAGAAUUAAAUGUCCUGAUAAAAAUCCGGACAUCACCCUAAAAAUCCGGACAUUUCUUGUAGCAGAGAUUUGGCAUAGCUUGAAAGACGCCCCAGCGGAGCGCUGCUCCCCGUGGUGUACUGUAUCGUGGAUCUACUUUUCCCUUUCCCUUCGCCCGAUCCCGUAGCCCCCUCCCCUGGCGCGCAUUUUAUUUUUAUAAGGUCAUUCCUAAAAAUCCGGACAAAUGCCAAGUCCGGCCGCAAUCCGGACAAAGGGUCAAAAAUCCGGACAUGUCCGGUCAAAUCCGGACGUAUGGCAACCCUAAUCGCGGUAGACCCGUUUGUGUAAUUUAAUAUGUGUACAAAACGCGAGUUUUAUAACGUCAUUUAUCUCUACGAAAUGAUUAAUACCUCUUAGUCUAAUCUCUUGAAUUAUUUUUUUUGCGACAUAAUUACAAAUACAUUUUCAUUCCAUUUAACAUCUUUGAUAGAAAAUAUAAAACCCCAAGUGUAGAGUCGCCAUGUGAUAUAUCUGAGCAGACAAGGUAUUCACAAAUAUCUGAAUUCUCUCUAGAAUUAUAAUAACAAAACUUUCGUGAGACACAUACAAAUUAUAGUUAUUUGUUUUACAAGCGGGCAAAGUUGUUGUUUAACCGCUUGUGCUAAUAUUGAUACCCGAGCAAGCGAAAGAUUCCAAAAUUGAACCACUCGCUGCGCUCGUGGUUCGAAAAAUGAAAUCUUGAGCGGCGUGAGGGUUUCAAAGCACGAGGGUUGAACAAAAUUUGCCCCCGAGUGAAACACAAAAUUUUUCACCACACCAACCCGAAGCAAAUGUUAUAAAAAUGUUAUGUAUGUAUGUUUUUAUGUUAUGUAUGUGUAAAAUAUCAAACAAAAUCAAACCAAAUCAUAUCCAAAUGAAUGUUAUUAAAUAUUUAUCAUCAUUUAAAAGUCAAAUCUACCAGCAAACAUAAGAAAACAAUUCAAAUUUUGCAUUUGAUUACUUUGCCUCACAUGUGAAUAAAAUGCAACUUUGCUAUCAGUUUUUGAAGUGCAAAGUAAGCCUUUCCGAGCUGGUGUGGUGAAAAAUAUAUUAAGAACGGGUCACUCACAUAUUCUAAGUCGAAAAACGUUCGACAUGAUUCACUCCGUACUGAGGAGUGUCUUUAAUGUCAAGACUUUAGUUGCAUGUUUAGAUAUUUUUAACACUUUGGCCGCCCCGAUAUAUGCGAUUGUAUGAAUAGUUAAGACAUUUCCUUUCACUUCAAUAAAUAUAUCUACUUCUUAAUAUUAUAAAUCGCUUGCGUUUUUUGUCGAUACAAGCAAUUACUUAUAAGAGAGUUAUUUUUAUAUUGCAAAACAUGUUUUUGCUGGCACCGGGUUUUUACUGUUUAUAACAUUUAGCUUAUUCCGUCAUUAUGGGUGUUUCCCACAUCCUAUUUUUGUGGUGAUAGAACUGUAAAAAUAAAAUAAAAAACUAUAAUAGCUUUAUAAAUAAUAAGUAUCGAACUAAUUGGCUGGUUUCAAAUGAUUGCGUCUACAGACUACGUCAAUCGCUUACUGGUCUGGUCAACUUUUUCAAAUUGGACAAGCAUUUUUAUGAAAUGUACAGUCACCUGCAAUAAUAUGUUACUCUUCGAAGGCCGCAAAAAUAUGUGACACGCUCUUAUGGGGCUAUUCAUAAAUUACGUCAUUUCAAAUUAGGGGGGGGGGGUCUGGACAUCAGAUGACGGUUAGCAUGAAGUAGGAGGAAAUGGGGUCAUUUGAAGCAUGAUUUUUGGAUGAUUAUAGGGGGGGGGGGGGGGGGUCAAAAAUCGAUGACGUAAUUUAUGGACAGCCCCUAUGACACUACAAAUAAGACCGUGUCAGAUAUUUUUGCUGCCAGCGUUGUGUAACAUAUUAUUGCAGGUGACUAUAAUGUUGUAAUACAGCGACAUCUGUCGAUGAAAGUUGAGACUAACUAUACUUCGUUUUUUUUUAGCAUUAGAAAUUAGGUAAACAAUCUUGAUGUGUCUUUUAAUUGAAAAACACAUUUUAAAAAUAAAUUACGGCAAAUAUGUAACAAUUACGAAUCUAAUACGAUCAUUUAUAUUCUUCUGCUUUCAUAAGUAAUAGUUAUUGAUUUUUAUAAAGCGUUUUUCAAUUAAAAGACAUGCCAAGAUCGCUUACCUUCUUUGAAGUUCUUUCUAAUGCUAAAAAAACGAACUAUAGAAGAUUUUUUCAGGAUGAUAUGCUAAACCGUUUUUUUACGAAAAGUAUUGUAGGUAUAUAUUUAUUGGCUAUUAUUUAAAUAUAAUGUCUAUCAUCAAAAAUUCGUGUCCUACCUUUGUUUCGGUUGUUUUAUUUUAUUUAUUCUGUAUAAUAAUAUAAAGAUUUAAUAAAAAGACAUUGAAUGUUUUAGUAAAUUCUGUUGUUGAUAUUUUAAAAAUCCAGUUUAGAAUUGGGUUGCUCUUAGUACUAAUGAAACUCAAGUAACGCUAACGUUUUAAACUAAGCACCAAAACUUGCUAGAUUGUCAAUAGGGUCAUUGCGUCAGUUUACCGUCCAGGGCCUGUUUCCGUCCACUUGGCGUAGUUGCUACAGAAUUGCGUAUGAUUUGAAUAUAUGUCUAUAUAUUCAAAUGAUACCCAAUUCUUUGUAGCAACUACACACUACAGAGGAAUCCGCUUAUAAUGACAUCGAAGGGAAGUGACAAACACGUCAUACUAAGCGGAUGUCAUAUAAAACAUACUUGUACAACUUCUUAUUUUUGUUGUUUUCCAAAUUAAUCUCAAAUUCCUUUAUGAGAAAUGAGUUUUCAAAACUAAAUAACUUACACGCCACGAACGCACCAAACGUCCUCGAAGGGAAAGAUGUGAUGACGGCCACGAAAACCAGCGAAUUUGUCAGUAUAACCGGACAUAAUUUCAUGGAAAUUGGAUUUUUAGGUCAUAGUAAGCGGUUUGUCACUAUAAGCGAAGUCAUCUUAUCCGAAUUUGUCACAAAGAAUUUUAUAUGAAAACCAAACUUCGCACAGUAAUUACGUCAUAGUAAGCGGUUGGUCAGUAUAAGCGGAUUCUACUGUACUACUACUUUGCUACAGAAUUGCGUAUGAUUUGAAUAUAAGGCUAUAUAUUCAAAUGAUACUCAAUUCUGUACCAACUACGUCAAAUGGACGGAAACGGGCACUGGACGGCAAAGUGACGCAAUGAGCCAAUGACCCUAUUACCUAGGCCACAUACUGGACGAGUGGUAUGUAGUGAUCCAAAAGACUCGAGCCCUGGUAGCUCUUGUUUUAGGGCUCACCUCAUCUCUUGACGCCUAAAAGUAAAAGCCUAAUAUUUUACUAAUUAAAUAGAAAAGGCUUUUAGCCUUUUAGGCGUCAAAAGAUGAGGCGAGCCCUAAAAAAAAGCUAACAGGGCUCGAGAUUUUUGGAUCACUAGUGGUAUGGGAGGUAGUGACGGAAGUAUGCAGGGCAGUAUGGUGGCCGACGGCGAGUGACCACACUACGUCUCUGCCUACUUCCCUCGCUACUUCCCAAGCCACAUCGGGUAUGUGACCUAGGCCAAAGAUAAUAGAGUGUAUAGAGGCGGAUUGCCAAAGUAAAUUAUGUAGCCACUAACUGCCAUCUUUCGACAGAAGAUUAAAACUAAACGCCAUUUGACUUUGAUCCUUAUUCUUUCACUGAUAUGUGUUAACGUGUUAAAUAUUAUUAACGCCAUCUACUCGACUCUAGGCCAAAGGUAUGGUGCAAUCUUUUCGAGCGAUGGCGCCAUAACAUUCAGCCUACUCUCGAGUAGAUGGCGGUAAUAUUCAUAUUUAACAAGUUAGCACAUAUCAGUGAAAAAUAAGGAGCAAAGUCAAAUGGCGUUCCAACAGUUUUAAUCGUCUGUCGAAAGAUGGCAGUAAAUGUACUGUAGCUACAUAAUUUACCAUGACAGUAACUCUCUAUAUCAAACUCUCUUUGCCUAGGUAUAUGAGUUUUAAAUUCAAUAUUUUUAGUGCAAUAAUGUCUAGUUCACUAUAUAAUAUAAAUAUUGCUUAUGUAAAUGUAAGUUAAGAUUUAUUUAGUUUUAGAAUAAAAGGGUGAAAACAAUUUAUUUUUAAACGAAUUAUAUUAUUAUUUAAUUCAGUUUAGAAUAAUAUGUGACUACAAAAGCUCCUAAGAAUAUCUGACAUAAUUAUCAUGUAAUAAAAUACUUUGUGCUCAGAUAUUAUUGUAAAAAAUAUAGCUAAAUGAAAAUGUAAAUUGGCAUUAUAGAUAUUACUAUUUUAUUUAAGAUUUGCAAUAUGGAUUCGCACUGCAAAGCACUGUUAAGAUUCUAUACACUAGUUUGGGCGAAUAAGUCUUUUCACACACUUACAGCGAGCUACAAAAGUGUAUGGCCACUUUGUGAAUGAAUUAUAUUCAUAAUGUAUCCAUGCAAUUUAGCAGUACGCUGUACAUUUACACCCUGUGUAUUUGUGUAGGUACAGUCAGUAAAACUAUUAACAUGCAUGUUUGCACAUUUUGUAUUCAGGAGUUCUAAUUCUAAGCAGUUUUGCUGAUAGUACGUCCACACUAUGCGUUUUCGUCCACAACUUUGGUCUUCAGCUUUUAAUUUAUAAAGCGGACUGGUGUGGACGUACCUUAUAUCUUGGGAGUGCGUUGCAGUGAAUCCAGUGUUCAUUUUUAUUAAUGAAUUAGCUUAUAAAAUACUUAGACCAGUUCCCAUGUGUUGAACUGAGAUACUAAAGUAAUAAAGUAGUUAUUCGCAAAGCUUAUUGUAACAACAUCUCAGAAAUGUAACUUGUACCAUAAAUACCAAACCCCCAGUAAACAUGCUCAUAAUUGCCAGAAAAGAAAAAUAAACACAAAAAUUGGUGUGGUACUAUACAGUACCACACAAAAAUUGUGAUCCCGAGUUCCACAACCGAAGAAAUGGCGACACAUGGCGUUAUAUUUAGACCGUAGCUAUGCAGAAAACGACCAUAUUAUUUUUUUACCAAUGCAGAAAGCGACCAAAUUCACUGAGUUAUGGUGUAAGUGACUUUGACAAAAAUAAAAAGUUGGUCGCAUUCUACAGAACUAUGGUCGUUUUGUGUUGAUUGAAUUAUCAAACGUCAUCUUUUGACAACUAGAUUUACCUACCGGAUAAUAUAUAAAGCGCCAUUUAUAUCAGCUGUCAAAUUCGAAUAUGUGACGUUCCACGGUAAAAGGUACCUUAUGGCGGCUGGCGCUUACGUCGCAUAGCGCCGCAAUAAUAUUGGAGCGGCGUUAAUAAUAGCAUAAGCGCCAACCGCCAUAAGGUACCUUUAUGCGUGAGACGUCACAUAUAUUUAAAGCCAGCUCGGCUUUAGUGUCUCAGUUCGCACACAAUUUUACCAUGAAAUAUUUGAUGUCAAUUUGUGGAUAGCGUAGUUCGAAGCUCUUGUACAUAUUCCUCUCUGUGACACGCUUCGUUUUGUAUUGUUGCAGUGUUGGUAUCCACUUUGAAUAAAACGGUUUAUUUGA